AUGAACAAACGCUUGAUGACCAAGGAUUUAAAUCUUGAGGAGGGACCGGAAGAAUGGUUUUGGCAAAGUGACUUGUAUACGAAGUCGUAUUUUAAGGACAGGAAGCACAAAAAAUACCUAUACUAUGACACGGCCUGUUUUAUAAAAUAUUUCUUUUUUCACUGGCUGACAAAAUGGGUUAACAAUGUUACUUACGACCACGUACAACCAUAUAAGUUACAUCCAUUGCCGGUAUCGGACCAGAUUUUGAGAUGGCAGCCGAUUUUCUCGAAACACGUUAGCGACGGCCUAGUAAGGCUGGAAGAAUAUGAAACUUCAAAGUCGGUACCCGGAAAAAAGAAAGCAAAAAGACCAUACCGAUCAUUACUUUUCAGAGCAUUGUUAUUGACCAUAUGGAAGAGAGCACUUGUAGUGAUUAUAGGUUUGAUUUUAGUAAAUGUUUUAAGCAUGAGCAUUUCAAUUUUGGUUAAAAAAUUGGUUGUUAAACUGGGAGAUAAAUCAAUUAACAUAAAGCAAACUGUAGGUUUAUUGGUAGCCAUCAUAGCCUGUCAAAUAGCAGAUGGACUGAUUUUGGAAAAUAUAAGCUUCUAUACAUAUCGGUUGAUUACUAUUGUGCAGUAUUUAAUAUCGUUCGGUAUUUUCCACCAUGCCCUCUGCUACAGAAGAAAAUUCUCAAACAACGUCAACGGCACUAAUACCCUUGGGGUGUGUAAUCAGGUACUACAUAGUUGUUCCCCUGACUCGGAAUGUUCAAAGAAUCCAUUAUACUGUCAAGCACUACGUUACCAGAACAAGGAAAUUAACCCAAAAGUUUUUUAUUUUGAGUCCAAGGAUUCCUUUUAUUUCUCCCAAUCGUUCAACGCAAUUAAAAUAUUCAUUGAGUUUGCCACCAACUUUAGUUACGGAAUAUUCUUACUCGCUCGUCAAAUUAAAAUGAAAAUGUGGGUGUUAUAUGUAGUUGGAAUUGUGUUUACAAUUCUUAUGAUAUUUGUCGAGUUAUUGAGUACAAUUACAAUUAAAUUCGUAUUAUACUUGAGGGAUUAUAAGAUGUCAAAGUGUAACUACAUGUUCCCGUACUUGUCUCUGAUUAAGAAAAUGUUCAAUGACGAUAUUGCAGUAAACAUAAUCACACAGUGUAGAAACAACGAGCUCACAAUGAUUGUUAUUAACAUCUUCUUGACCUUCCUGAACUUGACGAUGUUCAGCACCUGUAUAAAUGUGUCAUUUUAUAUAAUACAAUACGCAUUCGUCAAGUCCGUGCGCGGUGUGAGUGUUGUUACGGACAUUAACGCAGCGGGUUUCAUGGCAGCAUUCUAUAUUUUCCUUAGAAUCGCUAUAUCCAUGUUUAUGGUGCCUAGAGCUAUCAAGGUGUGUGGUGUGGCAUUUGUUUCAUUUAAGAGAUUUGAGGAAUACGUGAGAGAAUGUGCCCCUAAUUUUUACAUCAGCGAUAACAAAUUUGUUCCAGCCUCCAAUAUGAAUUCAAACGUUGAUCAAGUUACCAAUCAACUUCCCAAUGAAGUUGUCGUCUACUACAAGGACGCUAAUUUCACUUGGGUCCACACACGCAAUGACCUAUUAAAUAAAAAAUACGACACUUUCUUAAAAAAUUUAAACUUCGAGUUGAAACGUGGCGAGAUGGCUAUUGUUACAGGUUCUCAAGGUGCUGGCAAAUCUAACUUCAUAAAGUCAAUGCUUGGUGAGAUGACCCUGGUUGGGGGCUCUAUGGCAGUAGUGCCUCUACACACUUCUAUGCCAAUAUUCUAUGCAUCACAAGACAUAUUCCUGCAACAGGGUACUAUCAGGUCAAAUAUCACAUUUGGCUAUCGCUUCGACGAACACAUUUACAACACAGUCCUUAAAGCAGUGGAGCUUGAAUUCGAUAUUUCAACAUGGGAUAAAGGUGACCUCAGAGUAGUGUCAGAUAAUGCCCCUUCACUGAGUGGAGGUCAACGUGUAAGAAUGGAGUUGGCUCGUGCAGUGUACGCUUAUUUGAUAUUCCAUCAAGUAAACAAGGAGUAUAAUAACAGCAAGUGUUCAUUCUUGAUGUGUUUGGAUGCCUCGUUUCAUGGCCUAGAUCCAUAUGUGUCCAAAAAUGUAUUCAAUAACCUGUUUAACCUUAAAACAGGCCUAUUGGUAAAGAAUGAUUUAAGUGUCGUUUUAACAUCGUCGAAGCAGUCUCUUGAAUUGUGUUUGAAAUCAUCAGAUGUAGGCCAAUUGCCCGAUUGUUCUGUUUAUAAUCUUAAAAAUGAAUCGUUGAAAUUUUAUUCAAGUCUUCAAGACUUCGCCAAAAACAGGAAGGUAAAUAGUGCUGAUUUUAAGUACCUAUCAUCUAAUAACAACACACCUUAUUACAUGAACUCCUUGACCAAAGACAUGGUUAAUCUCUGCUCAUCUGGUACCAAGGAUAAAAUGUGCAAUUGCGAAUUAACCAGAGAAAAAUAUACGAGAUCAUUCAAAUCUUACGUCAAAAAUGAGCUUACAGGUGUUAGAUUUAACUCAUAUUUAACCUAUAUGCUCCCAGCAGCCGGAGCUUUCACUCUCUAUAUAAUUUUUAACACAUCAGUUAAUAUUAUGGAUACUCUGAAGUUCGUCUUUGCAACAAGAACAACAGACUUCAUAGGAAGACAAAUUAAACAGUUCAAGGAUGGAGAAGCAAUUGAUUUGGAUUUAGUUAAAUCAAGAGCUAACCUAUCACUUAAAGUUACCACAAUGUUCGUGUCACUGAUAAUUAUUCUAUCAUUCCUAGCAACAUUGAUAAUGACCACAGCCUCAGUUGUAUCAUCUCGUAAACUACAUGAGUACACCAUUAAUUCAAUCUUCAACUGUAGUUCAGCAGUUCUAAAAAUAAAGAAAAAUAUUAGUCAAGUCAUAACGUAUCUAGCUGCAGAUAUGAUUCUCAUUGACGAUUCUGUAGCCUUCUUCUUGGGAAUAGUAUUGUUUUUGUUCCUCCAGUUUUUAACUAACAUAGUUACAUUAUUCUACUUAAUUCCAAUUUCGAUACCAUUUGUAUUUGUGGCAUUAGUAUUUAUCUUCUACUUUGUCAUGUUAAAAUAUGUACGGUCGAAUAGGGGGCUAUAUCUUUCACAUAUGGAAACCUUUUCCCAAGUUACCUCUGUAUAUGAAAAGGCAAUAGCAGGAUCAUCAGUUUACAGGAGUUUCGAAAGAUACGGCGACCUCUUAAACGGUUUUACUGAACACAGAGACUACAGAGGACGAUACAACUUCAUGAUCUACGCAAUUAUAUCAUGGGCCAGUACGGUGUUCAACUGGACAUUUUCUUUGACCACCCUUAUGGUACUCGUCAUACCAAUAGUUUUGGAUAAGUAUACAAAGUAUAAGAUGAAGGUUGGAUACUUCGCUCUUGCUUUAUCGUUGUGUAUGAAUGUUAACAAGACGUUCAUCAAAUUGACACUUAACACAGGCCUCUUUGACAUGACUAUGUGCUCCGUUCUGAGGUUCAGAUACUUCAUUCCCCCGGGUCAAAGACUUAGGUUCGGCAAAUUUGUUAAUGCUCAUGAAGAAAAUCUUCUAAACCCUACAAAUAGAGGAAGUGUUAUCAUUAAUAAGGCUCAAUUGAUGAGGAGAAGAAUAGCUGAGUUCAGAGCCGAUAACAAAAAAAGUCUUUGGCUGAGAAAGCUGUUCUUCAAUCCCAAGGUGACUAUUUUGGACAUUGGUCGAUAUCUGACUCCAGAUCACUCAGGCGUUGAGUUGAGGGAUGUCUGUGUUUACACUUCUUCAAUCCACAAUAACAAAGGCAUGAUAUUGAAGCACCUUACCCUGUCAGCCCAUAAAUCUGAGAUUAUUGGUAUGGUUGGCAGAACAGGUGCUGGUAAGACAACCCUGUUGUCAGUGUUACAGAACAUAAUAUCAAAUCGAACUGGCCAAGUACUGUUAGAUGGUAAGGACGUGAAUGUAAUCCCCAAGGUUGUACUAAGGCAAAUAGUUGGCGUUCUACCUCAGCUUCCAUUUGUUUUUAGAGGAUGGAAUAUUCGCAGGUUCCUUGAUCCCAGAAGAUUGUUUACUGACGACGAGGUUAACCAUGCUCUUAAUAAGUGUGGCUUACUAGAAUUCGUGAACUCUCUGCCCGGCUCCAAGGGUCUCGAUACUGUUAUAUUGGCUGACAAUGUUGGCUUAAAUUUUAUGCCUAAAAGUACAAGAGCAAGGGCAUUUGAAAAGGAAAGGUCAAUGUCAAUGGAUUUCACCAAAGUAGGCUUUGAAAGUGACAUGUUACUGUCCAAUACCCAACUCAGAACUCUUUCAUUGGCCAGACUUGUGUUAUACAGGCACUUCUUUAGGCUUAUUGUAGUCGAUGAGCCCCCUGAGGAAGAUCAGGAUGCCCCCAGUUCCAGCCAUGAUGACCUUGCAGUUCCAAUUUAUGAUCUCUUGCAGAAACAUUUUAGUCAUUGUACAACGUUUGUCACAGCACACGAUGUCAACGUAUUAAAAUCUUGUACCUCUGUAUGGGUGAUACAUGAUGGGUGUGUAGUAAAAACUUGUAAGGCCAGCGACGUAGCUGCUAGUGACUCUAUUUCAUCAAUUAUAGAGCAAAACGUGAAAAAAUUUUAA